AUGGGAUACGAGGGCGUGACGAACGGGCGAUGUGCCGGGCACGGAACCCCAGGGCACGGGCGCAUUCACACACUGGGCUUGCUAAAGGGGCACUGGCACCGUGGCAUCAGCGAAACCCUCACUGGCACCUGCCCCACGCCCACCCAACCAAAGCCACGAACUCCCCCACCUCCCCUGCCUGCUAGCAUCACACCCCCUCCCACCGCCUGCACAAACCCCACCUGCCACACUUAUGAACCCAAUCUUCCCAAAGUAAAACCUUCUCGAAUCCCCGACCCUAGAACAAGCCAGCGGACGCCCCAACAACGCCCGAAACUUCAGAAUGUAAUACAGGAAGCCUUCAAUAUUUACUUUAAAGCUGAGGAAGUUCAACCUCCCCCCAUUUCACCUUACCUUUCCUAUUCCUACGCCAAUAAAACUCCAAAGUACCCUGACAGCUUCCAUUAG